AGCCAAAGGCAUGAGCUCAGGAUUUUGGGAACGGCAGCGGAAGUGAAGCACUUGUCAGAAGUUAUGAGAAAGUCAAGGUGUUGUAAGACUCACGUGUCCAGACAACAGUAAGGUGAAAAAUAGUAUACACAGGGAAAGAAAACUCAAAAUCAAUGAACCUCUAUAGGAAUUUUGGGAAUCUCUUUGAGAAUUGGGUGACGGAAGGCAGCCUGGAUUUACACAAUGACACAGGAGCUGGUAUGGAUGGAUACAACCUCACUGAAAGUGACUCUGUGUCCAGGGAUUUUCUUCCAAUAUCCAAAAUAAAGUCAGAAUCGGAGGACUCUGGAUUUGAGACGGUCAGUACGAUAAGUCCCUGUCAUUCUCAUCAGGUAUCUCAACUUACAGAUCACGGCUCUCCGAAGGAUGAUGUUCAGACUAUAUCUCCAGCUCCUUCUGUUGGCUCCUCAUCCUCCACAUGUGUCUCGCUUGGCUCGGUGGCUCCAAGAAACACACGUCUGAAGGUAGAACAAGCUUUGAGAAGGACAGAACAAACGUCAGGGCAUGUCACAAGAAACGGACCCCAGCAUCAGACGGUCCCUGCACCACGGUACCGUUGUAACACAGCCUCCAUUCCAAUCAGCUGCCACACAAGCAGCUUCAGAGAACGUCAUCAGUUAAGUCAUCACAGGAGAAUUCAUUCACAACCUCCAGAUCACAAGAAAGCCGAGCUGUACAGAAAACAUCGGAGCCGGCUGGAGUUUGAAGAAGCGGAGCAAAUGAGAUUAGACAAGCUCUCUCCGGGGCUUCUUUACCUGGAGCAGGUCUGCAGGAUGCUGGAGAAGAUUGCAACACUGCAGCAGCAAAACCACAACCUCCAGAAGGAGGUGGAGAACCUUAACAGUCAGCAUGCUGAGACAGAGUUUUCGCGAUUGAAUGAGAAAGAAACAGACUAUCUUGCAAGACAAAGAUUAGAGAUUUUGGCUCAUGAAGAUUCAAGCAGCCUAUCGACUCUCUCAGAGAAACCUGCACCGUUUCGGCGCAGAUCUGUGUCUGACACUCAGGCAUCCCUGGGCCGUCAUAGGAGGGCAGGGUUUGCUCGAGAUGAAUCUUUUGCAGGUGUCUUAUCCGAGGAACCUGAAAGUAAUGAUCCUCCACCAGAACAUAAAUCCAAAAAGCCAAGUAAGAUCCAGAAGAUAAAAUUGACUUCAUUUAGAAAACAGGAAUCACAAAAACCUCCCCAAAGCAAAAGCGAUCAGCCAAAGAAGAAAUCAAAACUGCCGAACAUUUUCAGAAGUAGAAGUAUGACCACGCGUCUAUGAAAUCUAUGGUACGUUGUAACCCUGUGAAUAGAUUUAUAAUGGAGAUACACACCUUCCGACACAGUUUACAAUUAAUUGUUAUCGUUUUAUAGUGUGUUUACUAAGAACAGGAAACAAAACAUACUUAGAAACAAAUGUAUAGGAUAAUGCAAUGUAAGUCGCUUUGGAUAAAAGUGUCUGCCAAAUGCAUUAAUGAAAAUGUAAUGUUAUAUGAGAAACAUUCUACUACGUACUUGACUGUGUGGAACAAUGUUCAGAUCCGAGUAUUUGUAAAUAUAAGAAAAUGUAUGACAGCAGAUUUGAAAAAUCCUUUAUAAGUACAUUGUAUCACUUUGUUAUAAUAAAAUAUGUGUGUGAUACUUCAUCUCACAACGGAAAUGUUUGCUCGCAAUGCAAAAGUAGAUUAAAAAAAAUCACCGUACCUCAUACAGCAUUGCAUACAUAUUUUUUAUAAUGAUGCAUUUAAAAUAUAUAGGCAUGUAUUUAUUGCUUUC